AUAUAAGGAAACAAGAGCAACACAACAAUUCUGCUGUGGUGCAUCUCGUUUGAAAGGCACCAUGUGGAGCGUAUUACUCUUUCUCUUGGUCCAGCCUUUGCUCACCGACAGCAUGGUCUGCCCUAGCAGCUGCAUGUGCAACCUAGAGGGGGCCGUCAAAUGUGUGGGCAACAUCAGGGACGUGCCCAAAGGCAUGCCCACCAACAUGUACCUACUUCAGCUGAAUGGCACCAACAUGAAGGUUCUGAACGAACAGAGUCUGGCCAUGUUGCCCCUUAUGCUGCGUUUAGGCAUCAGCCACAGCCCUCUGGACACCAUCCACCCUGAGGCCUUCCAUGUGGCCCCGCAGCUCCUCUCGAUCAAGCUGUCAUCCAACGCCCUCUCCAGCCUCCCUUCCCGGGUGUUCAGCCGCUUGGUCAGCCUGGAGCAGCUGCAUCUGGAUGACAAUCGUCUGGCGUCCAUCGCUCCCGUGUUGUUUGAGGGUCUGGCCAACCUGCACGAACUGGACGUCAGUAACAACGCCAUCGCUCACCUCGCCCCCAAUGUUUUCCACGGACUGAGUAGCCUGCGCUAUCUCAACUUGGGGAGAAACUCCCUGCAGCAGCUGCCCCCCACCUUGUUCCACUCAUUGACGCGGUUGCAGUUCCUCAUGCUCUACAACAACAAGCUAGAGCGGCUGGAGGUAGGCGCCUUCGAUGAGCUGGCCAACCUCCUGGAGCUCAAACUGCACAACAACCAGAUCGCCCACAUCCCCCCCGAGGUGUUCUGGGCCCUAGGCAACCUCAUGACCCUCACCAUGUCCUCCAACCAGCUCCAGGGCGUCCCGAAUGAAAGCUUCUACCACCUUCCCAAACUCACCAAGCUCACCAUCUACAAAAACCCUCUGCUGUCACUGCCUAAUAAGUUGAUGGGCCAAAUGCCCGGGAUGAAGGAAUUCUACCUGUAUGCCACCAACCUCAGCACCGUGCCCUGGAGCCUGUUUGCCAACAUGAGCGGGAUGGAGAGGCUCUCCCUGCACCUCAACAACAAGCUGAGGGAGCUGCCCCCUGACCUCUUUUGCUGCCUGCCCAACCUCCAGAAGCUUUCCCUCAAGUCCAACGACAUCCAGGAUCUACAUCCAGAUAUCUUCUCCAAGCUGGCCAAUAUGAACACUCUGCUCCUGAAUGACAACAAACUCCGCUCCCUUUCUGAGGACAUAUUUAAGGGCAACCCCAGUUUGGCCAGCAUCGAGCUGAAGAACAACCAGCUGCGGACCCUUCCGGGGGAGGUCUUCUCUACUGCAGGGGGUUUAAGGGUUGUUACUCUGAGUGGCAACCCAUGGGACUGCAGGUGUGGCAUCAGAGACAUUGCAAGAUGGAUAAAGCUUAAUGAAGGCAUGGUUAGUGAUCUGACGGAUGUGAUAUGUCGUAAUCCGUACCCUCUACUUCUCCGCCCACUUGGUUCCCUACUCGACGAAGAGUUUAAGUGUGACGUUACCACACCCUCGAGCAGCCGCACCACCCGCUCUUCGAUUGAACUCAUCCAUGUCGUUUCCACUACAGCUCUUGAGGAGCAAGAGGCUGUAGAAUUCACACCCACAACUACUGCACCCGAGGCUCCAUCAACCCGACAAACAGAAAAUCCUACCGAGAGUGUCAGGUUCACCACACCUGGGUUGAGGCGCACAACAGCUGCUACACCGACCGCCGACGUUCUCGACAUUCUUGAAGACGACUAUAUAUUCAAGCCUAUGGGCACUGAAUCGCUCCCCGUCCAUUUCCUAUCCCCGCCCUUUCACGACAAGCUGGUGUUUGAGAACGGGCUCGAGUUUGUGCACAACAUCCGCCUGAAGGGCUGGGUUUACCUGUGGACGCUGCCACCCAAUGGGGCUUACGUUGGGUUCCUCAUGGCUCUCCAUAUCCUUCUAGUGGCCACAGGCGUGGCCCUGAUUCUGGCUGCCAUGUACGGGAUGUACCGUCUCCACCAGGCCACGGAAGACCUAGGAGCAAUACUCACAAACAGGAAACACACCAUCAUAUCAGAGAGGAAGCAGAAAGACCCAGAUGAACUGUAGCUUCACCAAAUGCGAAGAUACAGCACAGUAUGUGUCGAGAGUAUCGUUGUGGUGAAACAGUUUUUAAAAGAACAGUGGAACAAAACCUUGGAAAUCUGUCAAUGUAAAGCACAAGCCAACGUUGUCUGCAUUGUGUGAAGUUCUUUAGUAUUAGAAGAGUGUAGCUGACGAUUUAUUCAUUAGGCAUAUCUCGUCUCCUCCCAGUGGUAGAAGCUUUGAACAACAGGACCAAAUAAUGAUCCUCUCAGGGGGAGAGGACAGUCACAACAUUGGUCCAAAGAGCCAGACAAUUAUAGAAUUAGGCAAGCUCUUUUUUAUUAUUAUUGUGAAAAUAACGGAUGUCGGUAUUGAUGACUACAUGGACCUAGCGAACAGUUUCUCAAUUUUAUUGGGUGGAACCAUAUGUCCACUAAGCAGUGGGUAAAAUUCACCUCUGGAGUACAAGCUAAGCAACCUUGUAUUACUCCUAGGAAUUUGCCAGUCUCUAUCAUAGGAUAGUCAAAGCAUAUGCUUAAAUUAAUGGCCAUAUGGUGACAGUAUGCAUUCUUUCAGCGAUACAAAGAUUGGCAACAUCUAACCAGUGGAAAAUAACGUUGUCGUGGCUUAUUAGUUAGACAGAAACGUGUCAGUUGAUAGAGGUCAUACUGUUUCUGCAGCUGGGGAAAGUAAGACUAACAGCAUGAAUAAAAAUGUCCUGAUGACAUAGGAUUAUCUUAUUCCUGCCUUUCCCACUAGCAGCUAUGAGGGAUCCUAAUAUGCCUGUAUAUCACACACACACACACACACACACACACACACACACACACACACACACACACACACACACACACACACACACACACACACACACACACACACACACACACACACACACACACACACACACACUUACAGAGAGACAACAAUGUAAGUGAGGUACUGAUAUCUUACUAUUUAACUGCUCAGAGACAUCUUGGUAGGCCGACAGGUGUGAAUUCUGAAAAUUAGGUGUCUUUUGGAUGACCCCCACACAUCACAAGACCAAUUGCAGUCAUUUAAAUGUAUUAACACAUUGAAAAAAAGCAGAAACAAGGUGUUAAGCUUCAUGUAUUGUAGGUGAGCUGAUGCUUUUCUUUUGACUCACGGGACACUACGAAACAGGUACGAUGAGGCUCCUAUCUCAGUCCUAAAAAUGGGAAGCUCAAGUACACCAUUUCUCAAUAUCAUAGUGUAGUAAGACAUUUUUUGUUUGGAAAUGUUCACUGCAAUGUUUCCUUCCGAAACAAAAACAAGCAUCCACAUGAAAAACUGUAUCAGGCAUUGGCAUUCAUUUAUCACCAUGUACAAAGUUGCCUAUAAAACAUUUGCUUUAUUCCCUUACUCUUGUGUUGGCAGAUCAUUCUUAUGUAGGCUAUUUGAGAACUACACUGUUAAAAUAGAAAGACUCAAAACACCAUCAUUGUGUUGUGAAACCAUGAAAAGUAGUUCACGUAAGCUGAGAUCUGGUGUUUGGAGGGUGUUUGAAUGUAAACCCAAUGCCAGUGGUAUAAUACGGUGAAAAUAUUUGAAAACAGAAUGGAGAUUCAGAAAGUGGUUCUUCAAUUUGAAUAUUGGUGUUAAGAUUGUCUUGUGAAAACCAUUUCUGGUGUUUCAGUGCAUGUAAAAGGCAGCAUCUAAACACAAAAAGCAUGUUUUGGCAGACUGUCUCUCAUACAAUCAAAUGGUUUUGAAAUGACAAUGGUUUAUAGCGUAAAUAUUGAUUGGGGAUGAUUUUAUUUGAGUUGAAAAAUUUAAGAAAAUCCUGGGAAUUGAAUACUUUUCCUAGGGUAGACAAUGGCACUAAUUAUAGGCUACUGUUGCCAGGCCCAUUGUGAGAUUAUAAUGACGUUACAAAUCAAAAUGACAACUCUUUAUGUUGUCAAAACAUUGUCUUAGUCCACUCAGUCAGUCUUCAGGACUAAACUGUUGUGCUGAACCACCCUUCGUAUACUGAGCACACCGGGCCCGAUUCAGACUUGCGAUAGACUUAACAUGGACUCAAUAAAAUAUUAACUCAAAAAUGUUAAAGUCCAUGUUAAAUCAACUUUUCUUCAUUUUUUCUGUGCUUUGUUUAGAAAGAUUAGCAACAAGAGACUGAUUAAAUAGUGAAUUCUACCCACUCAACCACACAGCCACGUACCGUGUGAAGAACUUGGGCCCCCAUAUCAGAAUGUUUAGAUUAAAGGCAAAAUUUGAACUUCAGACAUUGUGCUGCUUUACUGUUUAGAAUUCCUCCAGUCUGGGGCAUGGAGGUGGAGAGAGGGCAUUCGUGUCUGGUGUGCCCUCUAAGCAAACUCUAUGGUCAAGUAUAAAAACAGGCAAGGAUGCGGGCACCUCCCCUUUAUUCAGGUCCUUCACGAACUCAUACAGGAAAGAGCACAACAAACUCUAAGGUGAAACUCUCCAAAAUAAUCCAAGAAAGUAUGCGUCAAUGACAAUGCGAGUACAAAACGUUAUUACAUUGAAGAAAGAAACAGAAAAGGAAUUCACUCAACAAGAACUAGCCAGCAGAUCUGACCCACUUGCUUACAGCUAGUGAUGUUACGUUUGAUACCGGCGCUCCAAGGUAUGCGCCGAAAUCGCUAAGCAGCUAACCUCUAAGAUGUCUGCCGAUGCGUGUAUGACUUUAUCAGCAGUACGUUAUCAAUGACCUCUGAAGCUUUGUUUGAUCACGUGCUUUUUCAAACCGUAUGUUGCCAAACGCAAGAUCCCACUGAUCACGCCGUUGUUCCGGUGCCUUUUCCGAUUCCAAGCUGAUUUCAAACACUGACCUCUACUGGACACCGUACAUACAAAUACAGUUAGGAUUUUGUACAAAACGUUUCACCUAACCGGUAGCUUAGCAGAUAGACGAGGGAACUAUGUAACAGUCAUGGACGUGAGGGUUCGAGUCGAAUCCCUUUGAAGGCACACUAUUUAGAAAAGUAUUCUUUCUGCACUGUUGCUCAAAUUUGUUUUAUAUAGUAUAGUAUAAGCUUCUGUCUUAUGCAUCCUAAAUAGUGCCAUAGAUUAAGUUUUUGCAAAAUAGUCAAGCAUGAUGUAAACCUAGUAUUCCAACUGAUUAGGCUACUAAAGCCAACGACAUACCGCUGGCCCACGAUGCUAUAAUGAAAACAAUGGGGGGAAAAAUAUCAAUUCAAUUCAAUUGACUUUAUUGACAUGGCAAGUUCAUUAUUACUUACAUUGUCAAAGUAUACAUAUCGAAAAAUAAAAAUCAAAUAUAUAUGUAUAUAUAUAAUAUAUAUAUAUAUAUUUAUAUAUAAAUAAAUGGUGGGACCAAUAGUAAUAAUAAUAGUAGUAGUGGACAUGGGAUUACCAUUAACAACAACUACAACAACAAUAUUAAUCAGAACAACAAUACAUUAAAUCAAUGGUAGUAGACCAGUGCCAAUAUGACUUGAGAAGACAUAUGACCUGGUAUGAAAGUAUCUUAGUCCACUCAAAUAUCUCUGAUAAUCACACACUGCUAUUUAUUGCUGACCAGCAGAGGUCACUAAUGUGCAUUGUGAACAUAAUAAAGCUCUGCGUAAUUAACCGUUUUUCGGCACAAUUUGGUGAAAGCGCCGAAGCCUUAAGAAAGCCUCGGUUUCCCAUCACUACUUAUAGCUGCACUAGGGUCAGACAGGCUUCCUGUGUAGAUUAAGACACCCCGGAGCUGGCGCGAGAUAUGGCUCGGAAAACGCACCUCAAUUCAGGGAUGAGAAAUGUGUUGUAUUUCGAAUUGUCCUCUUAUCCCAGCUGUUACACCGAAAAGAUUGAAAACUGUUGUUUUUAUCCGCAUGCUAGCUAGUAGCCACAGCAGCCAUUGUGGAAGGGCAUGUCGCAUUGAACAACAAAGGAGCUGAUUUGUUGACACUGCCAUUCCUAAAUGGCUGCUGUUGCUUCUGCUACCUAAUAUUAGGACGAAAAGGACUGUUUUCUGGAAAACUCGUUAAACUCGCAUUCGUUAAAUCUUCUACGCGUACCAGUUGGGAUAAUGGGACAAUUAGGAGUACAAGGCAUUUCUCAUGCCUGGAUUGAGGUACGUUUUCCGAGCAAUAUCGCGCCGGCUCUGCAGUGUCUUAAUCUACACAGGAAGUCUGUCCGACUCUUGUACAGCUGUAAGCAAGCGGGUCGGAUCUGCUGGCUAAACAAGGGCAUUUGUUUUGAGUAGCAUUUCGGCUGCUAAUGGUUGCUGUAUGCUUAUAGUUCAAGUCAAACAGACAUUUUGAUUCAUUGAUUCGUUUUCUUAAUGCUACAUUGUAGUUAGCUGACACGUCAUGCAGAUGUUUUUAUGCAAAUGGAGGCCUGUUUUUUGCAUGCCAAGUAUUAUUUUUGUUUGGCUUGCCUACUAGCUUUAUAUAUUGUUUGAUGCCUGCACCACAUGCUAUAUUUUACACUAAAUAGCCACUGCCAAUUUAGCCUGCUCUAGCGUUGGCCUGCCUCACCAUAUGUUACCGCAUCCCCCUUUUGGCAUUCAUAUUGUUCUGUUGUUGCUAUAUUUACAAAGCUUCAUUAAUUGUAUAUGCAUUUUGCUAUUGAUGUUUAAUAAUUGUAUAUUCGUAUAGCAAUUUAUGAAUAUUAUAGCAGUUAAUAACUUCAUUAUGCAUUCAUGCACGAUCAUUAUUGCUUGUUAUUAUUAUUUGCCUGCAGAUAAACAUACAUACUACGUUACCAACAGGCUGGCCAUACCUAACCAAAGGAAUCAAGACAAUGAUCACAGACUAAUGCCAUCUGACCUGUCAACUGUCAAUCAUAUCGUUAAACUCAACUGUACUGUGAUUCAAUACAUCUGAACAACCUUCCAUGUACCAUCUUUUGAAUAUAAAGACUCGGGUCAAGUACAUUAGCCUAAUGGAUGACUGGUGUAUCGCAUUGAGCCCUGGGCUGAAUUUUUGUAUUAGUAGUCAUUGCCUGUAUUUUUGUCCAUGAAUCUGAAAUAUAAUGCCAUAUUUCCCUUGAUUUAGAAGAAUAUGAUUAACACCUUACAGAUAUUUGAACUGUCUUAAAGAAUAA